UCUCCGGGGGGUUGUCCAUGCCUGCUUCCUUUCGACUGCGCUUGCAAAUCGACCCAAUCUCUGCUUACUGCUCCCCCCUCCAUCCCACCCCUUCCUCAUACACACACAGACACACACACACCCCACCCACCCCGGUCCCUCUUCAGCCCGUGGUAUCGUCCGACGCUCAAGGAGAGAGAGCGCAGUUUUUGGUUGCAGGUCGCCCGGAGAGUGACGCACACAGCGGCUGAGGACACAACACCAGAACCCGUUUCUCUUCUGCCUCUACUGCUCUGAGUGCGAGUCUGAUUCUCUCCUCAUCUCUGCCUGGCUUUGUCAUCAACUUGAGGAAUACAAACACCUUCGAAGAAUCAGUUUGAAAAGGACAGACGGCCCUCUGAGCCCCCCUCUCAACACCCCAGUGAUGCUUAGCUGUUGUAUCCCAGAGGCCCACCUUGGCAGUUAGAGGAGAGGUCAUCACCAUGACAGCAUCCUCGCAGGACUCCACCCCCUCGUCUAUGCCUGGCCUCUUCCUGCUCCUCCUCCUCCUCCCACCUGUCUUCACGCAGAACUCCGCUGUCCCGACGACCCCGUCCGUGGCAUUGUUUGACCCGCUGACCCAUCCGGAGUGCGCGAAGAAAGAACAUCCAAAGGUUUCCAUCCAAGCACUGAGUCCAUGGAUCUCCACUUUUUCCCACCCCGGUGUGAGAGACUACUCCCAGCUCACCCUUGACCUAGCUAGGAAUGAGCUUAUUGUGGGUGCCAGAAAUUACCUGUUCAGACUGGAUCUCAGUAACAUGUCACUGAUACAGGCGACAGAAUGGGCACCGGACGAGGAAACCAGGCGGUCCUGUCAGAGCAAAGGCAAAACAGAGAUUGAAUGUCAGAACUACAUCAGAGUCCUGCUGGUGAACAAGACUGAGGUCAUGACAUGUGGAACCAAUGCUUUCCAGCCACUAUGUAUAACCAGAGAGGUGGGCAACAUGAGCAGCGUGCUGGAGCGGGUGAACGGCGUGGCUCGCUGCCCAUACGACCCUCGUCACAACUCCACAGCGGUGGUGACAGAGAGCGGAGAGCUGUACGCCGCCACCGUCAUUGACUUCUCUGGCCGAGACCCUGUCAUAUACCGCAGCCUGGGCGGCAUGCCACCUCUGCGGACCGCACAAUACAACUCCAAAUGGCUCAAUGAGCCCCACUUCAUCUCAGCCUACGACAUCGGCCUCUUCACCUUCUUCUUCCUGAGGGAGAACGCGGUGGAGCAUGACUGCGGCAAGACGGUCUAUUCCCGCGUGGCGCGAGUCUGCAAGAAUGACAUCGGCGGCCGAUUUCUCCUGGAGGAUACCUGGACCACGUUCAUGAAGGCGAGGCUCAACUGCUCGCGCUCGGGCGAGAUCCCCUUCUACUACAACGAGCUCCAGAGCACCUUCUACCUGCCCGAGCAAGACCUCAUCUAUGGCAUCUUCACUACCAAUGUCAACAGUAUUGCAGCAUCUGCAGUGUGUGCCUUCAACCUGAGCGCCAUCACCCAGGCCUUUAACGGGCCCUUCCGCUCCCAGGAGAACCCUCGCUCCACCUGGCUUCCCACACCCAAUCCCAUCCACAACUUCCAAUGUGGUACUAUAGAUGACAAGGGUCCCAAUGAGGGUUUGACUGAGCGCAGCCUGCAGGAUGCCCAGAGGCUCUAUCUAAUGAACGAUGUGGUGCAGCCAGAGUCCGUUGACCCGCUGGUCAUGCAGGACGACGUUCGCUUCUCCAACCUGGUUGUGGACAUUGUUCAGGGCAUGGACACCCUCUACCAUGUUAUGUACAUCAGCACAGAAUAUGGCACCAUCUUAAAGGCACUGGCAACGCCCAAUAAGAACCUACAAGGUUGUUACUUGGAGGAGAUGGAGCUUUUUCCAUCAGGGGUGCGAGAACCAAUCCUGAGCCUGCAGAUCCUGCACAGUGACAGGUCACUCUUUGUUGGGCUCAACAACCGAGUCCUGAAGAUCCCACUGGAGAGGUGCUCCACCUACAAAACUGAGGCGCUGUGCUUGGAGGCGAGGGACCCCUACUGUGGCUGGGACUUCAGGCAGCGCAGAUGCACCACACUGGAGGACAGCUCCAACAUGAGCCAGUGGAAGCAGAACAUCACUGUUUGUCCGCUGCGAAACCAAACCACCAAUGGUGGCUUCGGACCAUGGGCACCGUGGCAACCCUGCAACAAUGAUGAUGGUGUGGAUGGUGUAAGCUCGUGCUUGUGUCGCUCCAGGACUUGUGACAGCCCUGCACCUCGCUGUGGAGGCAAGAACUGUGAGGGACCCACCAUUGAAGUCUCCAACUGCUCAAGAAACGGAGGAUGGACGCCCUGGUCGUCAUGGGGACAGUGCAGCACAACCUGCAGUACAGGCUUCGAGCUGCGCCAGCGUUCUUGUAACAACCCGUCACCUCGACAUGGUGGCCGUGUGUGUGUGGGGCCAAGCAGGGAUGAGAGGUUCUGCAAUGAAGGGGUGUCCUGUCCUCAGCCUAUCUUCUGGUCCCCAUGGGGUUCCUGGACCAAGUGCAGCACCGAAUGUGGGGGAGGUGUCCACUCCAGGGUUCGCAACUGUGAGAAUGGCAACAGCUGCCCAGGAUGUGCACUGGAGUACAAGGCUUGUAACCUGGAGGCGUGUCCAGAGGUAAAGAGGAACACGCCUUGGACCCCCUGGAUGCCCGUUAACGUGACUCAAGGCGGAGCUCGUCAGGAGCAGAGGAUGCGCUACAUGUGUCGGGCCCACCUGUCUGAUCCCCACGAGCUGCAGAUCGGGCGCAGGAAGGUGGAGACACGCUUCUGUCCGCAUGAUGGAACAGCAGCCUGCGAGACAGAUACCCUUGUUGAGGAGCUCCUGAAGACACCAGUCGUGAGAGUGGCAGGUGCUGGCUGGUCCUCGUGGGAGACUUGGUCAAGCUGCUCGCAGAGUUGCGCCAAAGGCUACCGCACCCGUCGGCGAACUUGCAGUGGACCAGAGGGGAAGAGCGCCCCCAUCGCAUGCCGUGGCUCACCUGUGGAGUACCAGGACUGUAACGUCCAGGCAUGUCCUGUAAACGGUGCAUGGUCCUGCUGGUCGUCCUGGUCUCAGUGUUCAGUCGGUUGUGGCGGCGGUCACUACCAACGGACACGCUCCUGUAACAGCCCUGCACCCGCCAGUGGAGGGGACAUCUGCAUAGGACUACACACUGAGGAGGCCUUGUGUAACACACACACUUGUGAUGACGGUUGUGCAGCAAGAAGGGAGCAGAUGGUGGAGACCGAGCAGCCUGUCGGUGAGCACCAGACUGAUAGGAAAGGUGGCUGGAUGGCCUGGUCGCUGUGGUCAGCCUGUGAUGAUUCAGGCUUGCAGAUGAGGAGUCGGGUGUGUGGUGCUCAGGGUAACACCCCGUGUGUGGGGAACAGCACUCAGCGCAGAGACUGCAAUGAAAUACCCGUCAUUCUCCCUGCAUCUGGUUUUGAUAAGGACCAGCAUUGUGGUGCAUUCACCUCCAUCCACCUAAUCGCCACCGGUGUUUCCUGUUUCCUGGGGGCGGGGCUGCUGUCCUUUCUGAUCUACGUCUACUGUCAGCGUGUUCAUAAGCCUUCGCAGGAGUCUGCCAUCAUUCACCCCACCACCCCAAACCACCUUAACUACAAGGGCAACACCACACCAAAGAAUGAGAAGUACACACCUAUGGAGUUCAAGACCCUGAACAAAAACAACCUGCUACCAGAUGAAAGAUCCAACUUCUAUCCAACGCCGCUUCAGCAGACCAACGUCUACACCACCACCUACUAUCCCACAGCGCUUGGCAAAUAUGAUUACCAGCCCAAUUCUUCUCCUUCACCAUGCAGGACCUACAACAACAGCAACAACAGCUGAGACACGCCCCACGACUGGCUCUGUGUAUCCCCCCCCCCACCCCCAGCCACUGCCCCAAACGGACACCACCACAAUGGAACGGUGACAUAACUGAACUGACAUGAACUGAAGUGUUUCUCAGAGCUCGGACAGGUUCCUCUGUUUGGCAUCGCCCCCCCCCCCCUCCUCACCCCCAUAGUCUCUUCCGCAUGGUAGAGCUUAUGUCUUCAGGGGCAUUUUUGGAACUUUCCAUCAGGAGAUGUGGGUUUGGACGACAAUGUCCUGGGGCAGUCAGGGGCAACCAGCUGGUCGGUGUGUUAUUGUAUGGGAUAUAGCAGUGUCAACUCAGAGCUUCACGUGGGGAUCUAGUGGAAAACUCCAGCACGACAACUUAUGGCUUUAGACAACUUGUUGUGACCAGAACACCUCAGCGCAGGUGCUGAGUCAAGCAUCCACAGUUCUGGAGACAUUCUGAAAAAUUAUAUUACAUUCCUCUGAAUCUGGGUCACCAUUUCAUGCCUCUCCAUUACUAACCACACUCUCAACCUAUAAUGAACUCUGAGUCCAACAGCAACAAAAGCACUGCGAGCAAACCAACGCAUAUUGUGAUGUCCAGUACAGUGCAGAGUGAGAGAACAGCAAAAGAGUAAAGUCACUGAAGUCGAUGAGGUAACUUAGAGUUCACUUUUGCCAUGGAUGUUAGAGGUGGAUGCAUACCCUCUAUUGCUGGUAUUUCACGUGACAGAGAAGAUAAGAACUUCAGAGUUGAUUCAGUUUUUGGACGGCUGUUUGGAAGAGUCACAGAACUAAACAUCAGCCCAAAUUGGAGAAGCACUCUCUAAAUCUGCUUGUGAUCAGUUGCACACCUUUUGCGGACAAGGAGUUCUCUUGUAAAGUCAGAGCAUGUGGGAUUGUGGGGAGCGGUCUGAACUGUACAUAAAGCUUUGGGAAUGCCUUGUGUGCCUGUAUGCAAAUAGAGGGCAGGGGCAUGAUUUGUUUUCUUUCUAUUUCUUCAUUUUUUUUUUUUUCCCAGUAACACUAUAGACUUCUGAAAGGGAAUUGAUUGAUUCUCCAAUUGAUUCUCCAAUGGAUGCAUUGAUUCUACUGAGUGCUAAAUAGCUCAGUGGUCAUAUCAAAUAUGGCCAGUGUGCUGAACAACUGGAUUGGGUUUUCUAUGAUAGUAGAAUAAGCUAGUAGACGGGCACUUGUUCUUUUUUUUUAAUGUUUUUUUUUUUAAGAUGAUAUCUGUUUUAUUCUCAGAUGAGCCGUAGCAUAGGAGGAAAUAUUUUGAAUAAAAUAUAGCUGAUUAAUUCUUGUUUCUCUAAUUUCAUACAUUCCUUUGUUUUCUUGUGUGGUAACCAUUGCAUCUUCAAUGUUAACACAAAUAUAAAACAAUAAAAAUGACUGAAAUGUUUUUUUACAAAGAAAGGCUGUAACAAAACAUCCAUUUGGCUCCACUUGAAAACAAAAAAAAAAUGGAUAAAUGAGUUAAGCUUGCUAAGAGGAUUGCCUGUAUGAAGAUGGAAAUGUGUGCAUGUGUGUGUGGAUGUGUGUACAUGCAACAUGGACUCGGUUUUCUGUGUUUCUGUAUGCCUGAGUGAGGAAAGGGGGGUUGCUGUAUUUUGUACAAUGUAAAUGCUUUCAUACAUAUGAAUAUAUAUGAGGAGAUCCGUAAAGGGGAUUUUGUGUGUGUGUGUGUGUGUGUGUGUGUGUCUGCAUUUUUUUCCACAUUAUGUUGCUGACUCUCCAGGCAGUUUUUUUCUAUAUUUCAUGAGAUGUUAAUCAUUGUAAGUUAAAGCAUUGCUCCUCUGGUUCCUGCAAAGUUGGAACUGACACUAUUUAUAGUCGAAGCUUGGUUUAUAAAGGGCAUUUUCACAGCUA